ACAACCUUUUUGGUCUCAUAAUUGACCCUUCCUUCCCAGUUGCACCUUUUUUGGUCUCAUCUUUGAAGUUUUUCCUCAUUUCUUCAUCAAAAAUCCUUUUUCCAAAACAGAUUCACACACUAAAACCCUUUUUCUUCUUCUGCAAGUUUCCUCCAUCAGUGACAGUAACCAUGUCCAUAAACUUACAGUUUCAUGCCUUUGCCGGAAACCCUCUAAACUCAAUUCCUGGCAACCCUCUUUCACCCUCCGCAGCUCUCGAAUCUCUCAACGCCAGAAUUCUAGGAAACGAUCACUCUUCCCCAUCCCCAAAUUUCAAGGUGCUGCCUUUUAGAAAUGGAAGGCCUUUAGUCUCUUCCACGGCCAGUUCCGGUGAAUUUCUGCCGAUUUGGCAUCUGGGCUGGGUUAGUUUGGAUGAUCUUAGGGGUAUCUUCGAAAAUUCAGGUGCCCCGUUGAAUGGAGACUCGUUGGUUUACUUGGGUUCGAGUGCAGAGGACGAUGCCGUUUACUGGGCAAUUGAUGUUUCUGCUAAGGUACCUGAAUUGGGUACCAACAUGGAUAUGGAGUUGCGUUUCGUGGAGCUCCGGACGCUCAUGGUGGCCACUGAUUGGGAGAACUUGAAAGCAAUGGAAAAUUUGGCUAUCGCUGGUAAUGCCAAAGCACUGCUUGAAUGGCAUAAUACUUCACAAUUUUGUGGACAUUGUGGAGAGAAAACUGUCUCAAAAGAAGCUGGGAGACGGAAGCAAUGUUCGAAUGAUUCUUGCAAAAAAAGGAUAUAUCCACGUGUUGAUCAGGUGGUAAUUAUGCUUGUAAUCGAUAGAGAGAAUGACCAUGUCCUCUUGGGUACACGACCAAAGUUUAUUUCUCAAUUGUGGAGCUGCUUAUCAGGUUUCACCGAGCCAGGAGAAAGCUUGGAGGAAGCUGUGAGAAGAGAAACUUGGGAAGAGUCUGGAAUUGAAGUGGGCGAAGUUGUAUACCACAGUUCUCAGCCAUGGCCUGUUGGACCGAAUAGCAUUCCAUGCCAGCUGAUGGUUGGGUUCUUUGCGUAUGCAAAAUCGCGUGAAAUAACUGUCGACAAGAAAGAGUUAGAAGAUGCUCGGUGGUUCAGUAGAGAAGAUAUACGAGAAGCAUUGACGUUGGCUGACUACAAAAAAGGCCAGAAAACAGCAGCGUCAAAGGUAGAACAAAUGUGUAAGGGAGUAGAAAAGAGUAGGAGCAUGGCUGCAGAUUUCAACGUCGAAAGCGGUGAACUUGCUCCAAUAUUUGUUCCUGGACCUUUUGCAAUAGCCCAUCACCUUAUUUCCUCUUGGGCCUUCUCAGAUCAAAAUGUACUGUAAAUGGUGUUGUUGCAAUUCAAAAGAACCCGAGUCAUUGAUUCCAUGGAAAAUUCUGUAGUGUGGCGGAAAUUCUUUUUCUGAGGCCACUUUGGGAAUAAAGCUAUCUUAUUAGUGUUAUGGAUCAUUUUCCUGUUUAUGUAAAGUUCUCGUCAAAACAUUGUUUUGAAGAUUACGCUACUCAUUUUCGAGGGCUCAA